AUGGAAGGUUCUACACCCAGCGCCCCCUUGUCUUCUAGUGAGCCGGCCAACGCCGUGGGAUCUGAGUCCACCAAAGGUGGGGACAAGGGCGGGGGUAAGACCAAGACCGACAGUCCUACAAAGGGCCAGAAGGGUAUGGAGAAGGGUAAAAGCAAAAAAGGCAUUGAGAAAGGAACCAAAGGGAAGGAUAUGGAGACAGAGGGUGCCAAGGGCAACAAUGCUGGAACUUUUUCACAAAAAGGUUCCAAAGGCAAGGUGAAAGCUGCUGAGUACAUCGAGAAGGGCACCAAAGGUAAGCGCAGCACCUUUCAGAAAGGCGCUCCCAACACCAAAGGUAAGGGGGCAGCGGAGAUUGAGGAGGGCAAGGGCAAGAAGGGAACUUUGAACCUGAAGGGAAUUUUGAAAGGUGGCUAUGCCAAAGGCAAGGACAAGGGUAAGGCCAAGAGUGACGUCAACACCGUUGAUCAAGGUACCGAGGAGACCAGGCUUAAUGGAACAACGGAGACUGGGGAGGGCAAGGGCAAGAACGGAACCUUGAAGGGCGACUAUGCCAAAGGCAAGGACAAGGGUAAGACCAACGGUGACGUCAACACAGUUGAUCAAGGUACCGAGGGCACUGGAGGUAAUGGGACAACGGAGAUUGAGGAGGGCAAGGGCAAGAAGGGAGCUUUGAAGGGUGACUUUGCCAAAGGCAAGGACAAGGGUAAGACCAAGGUUGAUCAAGGUACCGAGGGCACUGGAGGUAAUGGAACAACGGAGAUUGAGGAGGGCAAGGGCAAGAAGGGAGCUUUGAAGGGUGACUUUGCCAAAGGCAAGGACAAGGGAAAGAACAAACGUGGUGCAAGCACCUUUGACUUUGAGACCAGCGCCCCGAACACCGAAGGCAAGGAUAUUGAGGAGGUCAAGGGAAAGAAGGGAACCUUGAAAGGCGACAUGACCCAUCACAAAGGUGGUGCCAAGGGCAAGGACAAGGGCAAGAACAAGGGAGGUGCCAUCGCCUUCCAGGAAGGCACCCCAGUCGCAGAAGGGAAGGGAACAGCGGAGACUGAGGAGGGCAAGGGCAAGAAGGGAAAGGGCGAGUAUGAGUACGACAAAGGUUUUGCCAAAGGUGGUCACAUUGACAGGUCUCGAACUUUCGACUAUGGGAACAAAGGCAAGUCCGACAGCAAGGGCAAGAGCAGCAAGGGCAAGACGGACAGCAAGAGCGAGACGGAGAUGGACAGCAAGGGCAAAACGGACGGCAAGGGGAUUGGCUCUAUCCAACAAAGUCCCUGCAAGGUGAAUAGCGAUGAAGCAACAACCACUCCCCCACCCAAGAGAGCCCGUGGCUCCGAUGAAGGCUGGUUGGAUUGGACAGAUGGCGACAGCAAAACUGCGAGGGUUAAAGUAUUGACCCCGGAACAGAAACAGGCAGUGCUGGAGCUUACAUCUCCGGAUCAGGUUCCAAUUCAGGAACGUCGUCGCCAAUACAAUGCUAUCAACAGGCAGCAUGUGCAGAAGCAAACCAUUCGCUACAUUGAAUUGCCUCUGGACGAAUUGGAGAAGAGAUUUGAUCCCCAAUGGCUGAAAGACAAAGUCAUUCCGGGUUCGGCCCUCAUUAUGAUUUCAUUGGUCCAAUACGUUCAGGUGGCUGACAACAAAGCCCAGCGCCAAGCCUUGGCGGAUGCACUUACCACCAAGGCGGCUUCCACUCUGAAACCCUCAAGUCUUGAUGGUUUGUUUGGUGCAGCCGCCCCCUCCAAAAAAGAUACCAAGACUCGAAAUAAGAAGGUGCCUAAGGAGUUGACUCCCGAAGAAAAACAAAAGAAAAACUUUGAUGCUGACAUGAAACAGCUCAAUAAUUUGGUCUUCAAAGGGAACCCCACGGAUGUGCUGAUCAAGCACUUGGACUAUUACAGAAAGUCCUUUGAGGCCGAGAACACAGGAAAGGCGAAGGCAAAGGCCAAAAAGAAGGCACGAACCUUGAGCACAAAGAGUGAAUCAGAGAAGGAGGUCCCUGUCAAGGCUGAGGAAAAUGAUGAAGGGUUGGAUCCGGAGGAGGAGGAAGACCAGGAAGAGCAGGAAGAGGAAGAUGAUUGUCUCGAUGGAGAGGCAUGGGAUGAAGCUGAAGAUGAGGAAGGUGAUGCCUGA